AAGACGAGAUGUUAUCGACGUUACGAUGUCCAGGAAAUACCUCUGCUCAACGUUUGAGACUUCAGCGGCUUGUUGGACCAAACACUAGGCGUUCAAUCACUAAUGCAUCAAAACCUAGGCAUCCGCCUCUAGCAUUUUGCUUUGACAUAGAUGGUGUCCUCCUACGCGGCUCGUCAGUUAUUCCUUCUGCGAAACGGGCACUGGAGAGACUGGAAGGUGAUAAUCCUUGGGGAAUAAAGAUCCCCUACAUUCUGAUGACGAACGGAGGUGGACAGAGUGAAGAAGAUAGAUGUCGGAAACUCACUGAGAAGCUGGGAUAUGAGAUUCCGCCCACUCAGUUUAUUCAAUCCCAUACGGUCCUGAAGUUACUAGGUAAAGACUAUCUGGACGAACCUGUUAUGGUUCUUGGAGGGAAACGUGAUACUGUGAGGAAAGUUGCUCAAAGCUAUGGAUUCAAGAAGGUGUAUACUCCGUUGGAUGUUAAGGCCUGGCAACCGAGCGUUUGGCCAUUCUACGACCUCACGUCCGAAGAGCUCGCCUCCACAAUCCAAACCGACUUCUCGACCACUCCCCUCCGUCGAAUCUUCAUAUUCCACGACCCGCGAAACUGGGCCCUCGACAUCCAACUCUCCAUCGACAUCAUCCUCUCCAACGGCCUCAUCGGUGCUCCUUACAUCCUUCCACAACACCAGGUCGAAAAGGGUAUGGAACCCGUGAAGAUGGUAUUCUGUAAUCCCGAUUUGCUUUGGAGGGCCGAGUUUGAGCGACCGAGGUUGGGGCAGGGGGCGUUCAAGGAGGCGUUUCAGGCUGUGUUCAAGGCGUUGACGGGAUCGACAUAUCCUCAUGUGGAGCAAUACGGAAAGCCUACAGAGGCGACGUAUAAGUUUGGAGAGGUAGUACUAAAGGAGAGAAUAUUGACGCUGACUGGAGAGAAGAUCGAGACGCUUCCGAAUGUGUACAUGAUUGGAGACAACCCCGAAUCAGACAUAGCAGGCGCCAACGCAGCCAACUGGUCAUCUGUCCUCGUUCGCACAGGCGUCUACGACCCCGAGCAAGGCCCACCUACACACGAACCCACAUAUAUCGCUGAGGACGUCGGAGAGGCGGUGGAUUGGGCGAUCAAGACGGAAGUGAAAAGGGUGAGGGGUGGGAGUUAGAGCGAUUGAUCGGUGGUGGUAAGAAUGACGACGGCUGGCGAGUGAUGGAUUUGUGGAUUGGCGAUUCAAGUGUUUACUUGACUGGAGGGCCUGGAUGUCUGGGUAUAUAAGGAAGGAUGGGCGGACUUGCUGAUCUGAGUCGAAACGCCAUGUCGAAUAUCCGAUAGAUUGAGAGUGAUGGGUUCACCAAUGGAUCAAACAUGAGGGGAAAUACCACAACAACCUUAGAACAUG